AUGUCCCGCCAGCAGCAGCUCCUCCGCGCGCCACUCCUCGACAGCGAUGCUGUCGUGGUGCCGGGCUCACGUCAGAGUGCACUUGCGACCGGCUCUUGCUGGACGAUCAGCCACAAGGGCGCCGCAUACGCUGCGUGGCGCUAUGUGGCGCUGCUCGGCACGGUGGCGACGCUCAUGGCCGUGCCGCUGCAACUCGCCUUCUUUGACGGGUCGCCGCCGCUCGCCGCCGCCAGCCACGCUGCCGACCUCUUCUUCUCGUUGGACGUGCUCGUAUCGCUCGUCCUGACGUACGAGCGAGCCACUACUGGCGAGGUCGUGUCGCAGCCUAGUGCGGUUGCGCGGCGCUAUUGCCGGAAGUGGCUGCUUCUCGACAUGCUGGCGGCAGUGCCGGUCGACUCGCUGACUUCGAUCAGAUUGCUGGCCUACCUGCGUUUCCUCCGCGCACGCCGCCUCUCUGCGCUCUUCUGGCAGCUCGAGCUCGACGAGCGGCUCUCGUACGGAGGCCUCCUCGCGAUCAAGUUCACGCUCCUGCUGCUGCUCGACGCGCACGUCGGCGGCUGCACGAUCUGGUACCUCGCCGCGCCGGGCGAGGAGAUGUUUGAGCACGGCCUCGGCGACGCGCAGGGCUGGGGCCAGCAGUGGGCGGUCACGACCCUCUGCACCGUCGGGUACGGAGACUACUCGCCAGAGACCACGGGCGAGCGUCUGUUUGCCACGGCCUACAUGCUCGCCAACCUCGCACUCACCGCGUGGAUCAUCGGCACCGUCGCCAUGCUCGCGACGCGGGGCGACGGGGAGCGGGCCGCGUACCGGCGCGACCUGCUGAUGCUAGGCAGGUACGUGCGCAGCACGGGCCUGCCCCCGCCGCUGCGCCGCAGCAUGAAGGCGUACCUGUGGCUGCAGCACGUCUCUGGCACCGUCGACGCCUCCGCCUUCGAGCGCAAGCUCCCCUCCUUCCUCACGAAGAAGGCGCGGAACACGAGGCACCUCCCGCUGCUCUCGCGCGUCCCCCUGCUGGCCGCGGCGGGCGAGGGCGACGACGCGCGCUUCGUCGCGGCGCUGGCUGCUCGCGCGGAGGAGCUGAUGCUCAUGAGCGGCUUGCGCGUCUUCGAGCCGGGCGACCUGGCGCAGGACCUCUGGGUGGUUGUGGACGGCGGAGCGGAGGUGGUGGUGGAGGGCGUGGCUGUGCACGUCUGCGGCGCCGGAUCCGUGCUCGGAGCAGAGUCCUUCUUCUCGGGCCUCGCGAUGCCGUGGGAGAUUGCGAUCACCAGCCUCACGCGCGCGCUCAAGCUGACCGACGCCGACCGCGACGCCCUCCUCGAGGCCUUCCCGGCGCAGGGCCGCCGCAUCCUCGCGCGCCUCAUCUCGCGCGCCGAGGCGUGGGGGCAGAGCGCCGCGGAGCAGGCCGCCACGCCCCCUCCGCCGUCGCCUCCGCGGCGGCGGCGCUGGUCGAGCGGGCGGAGCCGCUCCGGCUCCGACGCGGCGGUGGAGCGCGCCGCCGCAGAGAGCGCCGCCGUCUCUGCAUUCGGCGAGCGGUGCGGCGCCCUGGCGGCGGCGCUGCGCGGCCAAAAGGCCAAGCACGAGCGAGCGCUGUCGACGACUCUUUGCGACCUCGCCGCAAAGAAUCUGCUGCUGCCGGUGCAGCGGCUCCUGCUGACGGUCGACGCGUCGUCGGUGCCGCCCGACUACGACGGCAGGACCGCGAUGCACCUCGCCGCAGCGCAGGGGCACGUGGACAUGGUGGAGCUGCUCGCCGGCGAGGGGUGCGACGUCUCGCCGGUCGAUAGGUUCGGGCGGACCCCGCUCCACGAGGCUGCGAUCAACCGGCACGGAGGCUGCGUCGAGGCGCUGAAGCGCUUGGGCGCGACGCUGCGCCUGCCGGAGCACGAGGAGGCGUCGCUGCUUUGCAACGCGGCUGCAACGUCUGACGCCGGCCUGCUGGCCUCCCUCCUCGCCGCCGGCGCCCUCCCCUCCGCGUGCGAUUACGACGGCCGUACGGCGCUUCACAUCGCUGCGUGCGCUGGCUCGCCGGUGCUGGCAGGCACACUUUUGAGGUCGUUGCGCCGCCCGAUUGGCUCGCUCAAGGAUCGGUGGGGGCACACGCCCGAGGACGAGGCGAGGCGGCGAGGGUUUAAAACCGUGUUGGAGGUGCUGAGAGGGACACGCGCCGAUGGUAAAGUAGCAAGGUAA